GCCAGAUACAAGAGACGGCAGAAAUAUUUACAAAAUAAGAAAGAUGAGUGGUCCAUUUGGCUGAAAGCAGCGGCCAUGGAGGCGCCGCACCCGCUGGCCAUGAUGCCGGCCGGGAUGGGCGUGGCCGUGAAGGAGGAGUGGGAGCGCCAGUCGCCGGUGUCGCUGCACUCUGCUCACCUGCAGCACGGCAGCGCGGCGACCAUCCUGGCGCCGCUGGGCCGGCCCGGCCACGCGCAGCACCCGCUGCCGCUCAGCAUCAUGAGCGUCACCAUGCAGGAGCCGGACUGUCUGCUGCUCGGUAACGGCAGCGCUGGCGGCGGCGGCACCGCGGCCGCCCGGCCCCCACCCGAGCCGUGCCGUUGCGAGCAGUGCGGCAAGGUGCUCUCGUGCGCGGCCAGUCUGCGCCGGCACCAGGUGACCCACUCGUCGGAGCGGCCGCACGCCUGCGCCGAGUGCGGCCGGGCCUUCUCCACGGCCGCCUACCUGGCCGCCCACCAGAGCACGCACACACAGGAGCGGCCGCACACGUGUCCCGUCUGCGGCAAGGGCUUCACGCGCUCCACCGGCCUCAACCGGCACAUGGAACUGCACCUGGAGGGUCGCCGACUGCCGGCGCCGCCGCCGGCCGUCAGCUCGGCCGCGGCCGGAGGGGCGCCGCCGCCGGCGGCCACGGUGCCGGCGGCCGCGCGCCCGCCGCCGCCGGCCGGCGCCAGCCCGGCCGCCCAGUGCGGCGUCUGCGGGAAACACUUCACUCGCGCGCUCAGCGUCAAGGCGCACAUGCGGAUCCACACUGGCGAGCGGCCGCACAAGUGUCCGCUGUGCGCCAAGGCGUUCAAGAACGCCUCCCACCUGAAGGUGCACAGCCGCACGCACACCAAGGAGCGCAGCCACGCCUGCGAACACUGCGACAAGCGGUUCGCCGAGUCGAGCAGCCUGCGCCGACACAUGCUGGUGCACACGGGCGCGCGGCCGUACGAGUGCGAUAUCUGCGGCAAGGAGAUGCGCUACCUGUCCCACCUGAAGGCGCACCGGCGCAAGCAUACCGGCGAGACGCCCUACCAGUGCAGCCUGUGUGGCCAGCUGUUCCGGCUCUACCAGACCUACCGACUGCACGUUAAGAAACACGAGGGCCAGCUGCCCACGUGCGACACGUGUGGCAAAACGUUCAGCAGCCGCACGCGGCGCGACGAGCACGCGGCGCUGCACACGGCCGGCGUGAUAAACGAGCGCGGCGAGGCGCCGCCGCCGCCCGGCCGGCCGCUGGGCCUGGCGCACCAGCCGGCGCCGGCGCUGCCGCCGCACCCUGGCCGGCUGCCGCUGCGUCUGGACACGCUGCUGGGCCGGCGGCCGGACGGCCCGCAGCUGGCCGAGCACCGGGCCGCCGACAGCCUGCUGGACCGCCGGCUGGACGAGCCCAUGGACGAGCUGUCGGUGGACGGGCCGCCGCCGCCGCCGCUGCCGCAGUGAGGGCGGACCGGGCGGGCGCGGAGCGGAGCGGAGAGCAGUGAUCUGACCGGCAGGGAGCGGGCGGCGGCGGACGGUCGGCGGGAUUUGCCGCCUCCACAGCCAGCGGGGCGACUGGGGCCGGCGCGUGUUUUAACUAGAAGAGCUGCAGAGGUGCGGGCGGCGGCUGACGGAGGCGGCUUACGGGCGGCCGCUCCGGAGACUCAGGUGAUGUGUGAAUCCCGUGUUUACGCACGAAUUUGACCAGUCCGUGCGAGGUGACGAGCCGCGCCGCUAACGACCGUUGUACCAGAUAUAUACCUAUCAACGGCGUUACGCUGUGUAUAUUUUUUCCGUUUUAUCUUCAAUAUUUUAUGUUGUGUGCAGCUUGUUCAUGUUUCGAAGGACCAGCUCUGGAAGUGCCGUGCGGGCUCAGUGCCUUUGUUCCCUUUCAAGGGAAACAGUCAUGCUGGCAACGAGUCAAUUUUUGCCCAAAUUGUGGAUGUGGUUCAGCUUUUAUUGCUGCCAAGUGACAGCAGUGCAGACUUGUUCGCUUGCCUUGUGCAUGGACGCGUGCGUUCGGACGCUGUUGCACACCUGCGCACGUUAGCUAGUGGUCGUAGGCAGGGAAGUGACAGAUUCGGUACCGUUCUGUGCCGACCGCUGCCGUUGGGCGCCUAGUCUAGUCGGGCCUCGAUCGGUGGGGGCCCGUACCUGCCUUACCGGACGCGCCUGUCCGCGGCGGCCCGCCGGUGUGGUCUGUCCGUUCUCAGUGAUUGUGGCGUCCCGGAGUUUCCUUUGGGAGAAGCCGACUGCGGGCCACUGACGUGUCGCCGUGUCGGUGACGAAAUACAGUGUCUGUGUUAUCGUAA